CAUAAACAACAGUAUGGAAAGAUUGCAUCCCAACUUCGGGUGUCAGAACCGUGCAUACGGAAGAACUGAGGUAAAUCACUAUGAACAAUAAAGGUGAACAUUUAAUUAACUUCAAAGGCUAUAACUUUGAAAGGUCUUUAGUUAAAAUGAACAUAGUGGAAAACAUCGACAAUCAGGAUAUUAGAGAUGAUGAUAUCUUCAUAGUCACAUAUCCAAAAUCUGGUACCAUCUGGACACAGCAGAUCCUCAGCCUGAUUUAUUUUGAGGGUCACAGGAACAACACUGAAAACAUCCAAACAACAGACAGAGCACCAUUUUUUGAGUACAAUAUACUUAAUGUGGACUUUGCCAAAAUGCCAUCACCUCGUAUCUUUUGUUCCCACCUCCCGUAUUAUUUAGUGCCAAAAGUUUUCAAGAACAAAAAAGUCAAAGUUCUUUAUAUUUACAGAAAUCCUAAAGAUGUUUUGACCUCCUACUUUCAUUUUAUAAAUUGGAUAGUUGUACCUGAAGCCUCAAAGACAGUAGAAGCAUUUAUGCAAGCAUUUCUAGAUGGACGAGUGGUAGGAAGCAAUUGGUUUGACCACAUACGAGGCUGGUAUGAACACAGACAUGACUUCAAUAUUAUGUUCCUGAGCUAUGAAGAUAUGAAGAAGGACCUCAGGGGCUCAGUGCUUAAAAUCUGCAGUUUUUUGGAGAAAGAACUGAGUGAAGAAGAUGUGGAUGCUGUUGUGAGACAAGCUACAUUUCAGAACAUGAAAUCUGACCCGCGAGCAAAUAAAGAUGAUAUUAUGAAAAAGGAAAUUGGGACAGGAAAUGAUCAGGGAACAUUCCUCCGUAAAGGUACCAUUGGAGACUGGAAGCAUCACUUGACUGUGGGUCAGAAUGAAAGAUUUGACAGAAUAUUCAAAAGGAACAUGAAAAACAUUCCCUUAAAGUUCAUCUGGGAUAUAAAUGAGGAGUAGAAUUUUAAUUACCACAUGAAUCAAUCAUAUAAAAAUGUACUAACUAAAGGUCAUACAUAAAUAUUAAAAUUAAUUUCCUUUACUCACUUAA